UUCCGUACCAUGAGCAAAUGUUCUUAUAUAUUAACAUACCAAUUAAUUCAGCAAAAAUAAUUUAAAGACCCUUUGAUCUACACAUUCAAAGUCAAAAUACACUUUUUUUUUUUUUCCAAAAGUGUAUAUAUUUCUAUAGAAAAAAGAAAAGAGCCAAAAUAUCAUAAAAAUCUAAAAAAUUCCUUUUAUGGAAAAGAAUCCAAUCAUAAUACCCAAAAAUAAUAAUUAUUGGCCCCAUAAAUAUAUCACAACACUCUUACUUGCACCUCAUUAGCAUAUCAUAUAAUAUCACUAAGCUUUUGGCUACAACGACUUAUAAUUCAUCUCUUCAAAAAGAAUUCCUAUAAAAAUAAAAGGAAAAAAGAAAACAAAAUCUAUGAACCUAAAGAAAAUCCUAACCGCACCGAGAAGUCAAGUCAUUUCACCAACGUCUUAUACCAACCGUACGAUUAGAUUACCAACGUGACAAGGAUCACUCUGCACUCACCCUACACAUUUGAAUUCAAAAAAAAAACCUCUAGUUAACGUUACAAAUCCAUUGGCUUUUGGUUCGGACCCAAACCUAAAAAUUCAAAAAAGAAACAAGAAAAGAAAAAAAAAAGACUGUAAUUUUUCGCUUUAGGUUCUUGUGUAAUUCAGAACCCAACAAAGUUAAAGAAAACAAAGGAAUUUAUCACUCUCAGUUUUCCCCCAUUACACUCCUCUCUCUUCCCUUUCUGGGUUACCAUUUUUUCCCUAAGGUUUUUGGUUAUUAAUUUUGAGAAGAAAAGGAAGAGUGACCCAGAAAAGUUGAUAAAAGUAUGUCCUUUUCUUAUUCUUGGAAGUAAAUGUGCAUAUGGUUUCUUGUUUAAUGGAGAAUUAUGGAAGAACUGAGUUUCAUGAUAUAUUGGCUUCAAGAAAAGCUGAAGAAGCAGCUUGGAGACGAUUCCAUGCGGCUGAGUGGCUUGAAAGUCUUGUGGGUCCAUUAGGCUUACCGGGCCAACCAUCAGAGAAAGAGUUCGUUUCUCGCUUGAGAAACGGCUUGAUUCUUUGCAAUGCAAUUAAUAAAGUUCACCCAGGAGCAGUGCCUAAGGUUGUGGAGAAUCAUACACCUUUACAAUCAUUAAAUAGAGAAUCUCAGCCAUUACCAGCCUACCAGUAUUUUGAGAAUGUAAGGAACUUUCUGGUUGCUGUUGAAGAGUUGAAGCUGCCUGCCUUUGAAGCUUCUGAUCUUGAGAGGGAUACGUUGGAGGCAGGGUCUGCAGCUAAGGUGGUUGACUGCAUCUUAGCACUUAAGUCAUACCAUGAAUGCAAGCAGAUGAAUGGUGGAAACGGGUUUUAUAAGCCUAUCAGAUCCCCUGUGGUUAUGCUUCCUGCCAGUGCCAAUAAUCCUCGUUCCAUCUCAUCAGACUCUUGCAGACGCUUGGACAUGUCUGCAGCAUUUGAGAAACAGCCACCUGCAGAUGUUGGCAUUCAGAAACUGGCUGAUGUUUUUGUCAAGCUACUGGAUGAACAUUUGGAUGAUACAAAGGAAAACAUUAAUGGCAACUUCCUCAUGUCCUUCCGUGCUGCUUAUAUGGAUCUGGAGAAGAAAUUUAGCAGGAUCAUGUCAAGUUGUCCGGAAAAUAAACUUCCCAACAAUUUCUCUGAGAAACAGUUGGAAUCAAUGUUUAAGGAUUUUCUGAAAAAAAGAAGUAGCUCACCUGAUCAUUCAGCACCAGUACCUUUUGAGGCUUUAUCUGAACUCGGGGAUUCCAAGUGUUGCCGAGCUUGCUUAAGAAAUGGUAACUGCAAACACAGGCAUUUAAUUCAAAUGCAAGAAAAAGAACUUAUGAAUCUGAAGGCCCUAUUGACAGAGACAAAGAACGAGUUUGAAGACUUACAGUCCCACUUUCAGAGAGACUUGAGAAAUCUUGGAUACCAGGUACAGGAGAUGUCUGCUGCCGCUCUUGGAUAUCACAGGGUAUUGAAAGAGAACAGGAACUUAUAUAAUAUGGUUCAGGAUUUAAAAGGAAAUAUUCGAGUAUACUGCAGAAUUAGGCCUGCCAUUUCUGGUGAAAAAAGCAAUGCAAUAGAUUUUGUUGGAAAGGACGGAUCACUAGUGAUCUUGGAUCCAUUAAAGCCCAAAAGAGAAGGAAAGAGAAUGUUUCAGUUUAAUCAAGUGUUUGGUCCUAGUGCCACCCAAGAUGAUGUAUACAAGGACACCCGGCCGUUGAUUAGGUCUGUGAUGGAUGGUUACAAUGUCUGCAUUUUUGCUUAUGGUCAAACUGGGUCCGGAAAAACAUAUACCAUGAGUGGUCCAUCAGGUGGGUCGACUAAAGAUAUGGGGAUUAAUUAUCUAGCUCUGAACGACCUCUUUCAGAUUUCCAAGAAAAGAAGAGACAUAAUAAAUUAUGAUCUUCAAGUGCAAAUGGUUGAAAUAUACAAUGAGCAAGUUCGAGACCUUCUUGCAGAGGACUCAGCAGCCACUAAGUUAGAGAUUCGAAGCUGCAGUGGUGACAAUGGCUUCAGUCUUCCAGAUGCUAAAAUGCACCCUGUAAACUCCACUGCUGAUGUUCUUAAUCUGAUGAAACUUGGUGAGUUGAAUCGUGUUGUCAGUGCUACUGCAAUUAACAACCGAAGCAGUCGAUCCCAUAGCAUCCUGACAGUUCAUGUGCAUGGCAAAGAUACUUCUGGAAGCACCCUCCAUAGUUGUCUGCAUUUGGUAGACCUUGCAGGAAGUGAGAGAGUAGAUAAAUCAGAAGUUACAGGAGAUAGGCUCAAAGAGGCACAGUAUAUCAACAAGUCUCUUUCCUGUCUGGGAGAUGUGAUUGCAGCCUUGGCUCAAAGGAAUUCUCAUAUUCCUUACAGAAACAGCAAACUUACGCUUCUCCUGCAAGACUCCUUAGGUGGACAUGCAAAAACAUUGAUGUUUGCUCAUGUGAGUCCAGAAGGAGACUCUUUUGGGGAAACAGUCAGUACUUUGAAGUUUGCUCAAAGAGUAUCCACAGUUGAACUUGGGGCUGCUCGUGCGAACAAAGAGAGCAGUGAGAUUAUGCAACUCAAGGAACAGGUUGAGACCCUUAGGAAGGCAUUGGCAAGCAAGGAAGAGAAGAACACACAGUUCAAUAGAAUGAAGGAACCAAGAUCUCCCUGUGAGAAACCAAAAGAAAUGAUGGAACGAACUCCUCCACGUCUCCGGAGACUGAGCAUUGAGAAUGGCAGCAACAUGAAGUCUCAAACAGUGAAUCCCAUAGAUAGGAAGGGAUCAAAAACACCUUCCGUUCCAGCUCGUUCCAGAAGAUUAAGUUUGGAAGGUUCUAAACACAACAAGAAGGAUAAUUCUCAGAUAAAGGUAGCAGCAGAUGACAUAAGCAAGGCCCUAUAUUAUGAGUCGGUCACACUGCAGAAAUAUGGUCCAUCUCAAGAUCCCGAAGCACAAUCAAAGAUGUUUGGGCAUUCUGCUAAUGGCAGUUCCAUGAUGGAAGUGUUUCGUGUUAAUGCUCCUAAAAGUCCUACUAGUUCUUCCUAUCAAAAGCGAAUGGUCAAAACAGACAGCAGGUCUCAAAUUCCACUUCUUCAGCUACCAAUGACACCUGAACCACAAGUGCUUGCAAGACGUGAGGUUCAGAUCAUGAGGCAAAGUGAACUUGCUCUUCCUACAGAUUUGCAGACAAUUAGUGUGAUCAAUAGUGCUAAUGGAAAAGGGUCUCAAAUAAGGAAAUCCUUGCGAACCAUUGGAAAACUUAUUAAUGGCUCUGAGAAGAGGCAUCAGCAGCCUCCAAAGGCAGCAGAAUCACCCAUCAAUUGCACAAGCAAUAAAAAGAAUGACUUAAAGUCCCCGCUGACAGCUAGUGCGAGGGCAGUAAGGAGGCAGUCACUUACUGGAAUUCAAGCGUCAGGGUCUGACAGGUCAUGUCGAUCUUCUCUUGGAGGGAAGCCAAUUGACUCUGAUGAUUCUAGAAGGAAUGCCAAGACACCUCCUCCAGUCCAUUCAUCAACAAAGACAACUAGCCGGUGGCUUUAACUCAUACAGUCGUGCUACAACUUGAAGCAUACUGACAUAGCCAAUUCAAUCAUUCAUCAAGCAAGAAAAACAACGUAGGACAUAACAAAGCUGAGUGAAGACUGUUAAUGGUGCUUUGGCUCAAAGCAUAAGACACGCUAACAUUCCGAGUUUGGAAACUUCGAGUUGCAUCAAUAGAUUUAUUGGCAGAUCGGACAUCAUGACAUUCAUGUACAUAGGAGGAAAGUCAGAUGGUAUAAAUUGUUACCUGAUUCAUAAUUGAAGUGCUUUACUCCAAAGCCUUUUUUAUUUGGUUAUAAUAAUUCAUUGCUUUCAUCUUUUCCUGUAAAGGCAAUGAUUUCACUUCAAAAUAUAAUAUGCAGAUUUUCCAGGCUA